AUGGCCGGACUUCAUAAUGGACCACUUCCGACCAACCUCAUGCUGCUCUCUGAUCUCCCACAUCUCGCGGUAGGUGACAAGGUCCGCUUUUUAGGCUGCAUCCAAGAUUAUUCAAGCACAUCGGCGACAUGCAUCCUGGAACACAAGUAUCCCAAGGAUAGUUCCGUUCAAGUCCACGUAGACGUGAAGCUUCUCCUCCGAACAAUGAGCGCUGGUCAUUCCCGAGUUGGGGAAUGGGUCAAUGUGAUCGGCUAUAUCACUGCUGUGCGCUCAGCCCAUCGAACUCUCCCAGAAAUCACAGUGGUCUAUGUUCAGGCCCUAUUGCUAUGGUCCGCAGGAUCCUUCGAUUUACACGGCUACGAAAAGAGUCUUGAUCAGCAAAGGCGCGACAAACUUUGUGAGAUAGACACAAAGACGGGGAGAGACCCUACUUAG